AUGAGAAGAUACGAUCCCCCGUAUUAUAGUCCGCCAAGGAGGGGAUAUGGCGGCAGAGGAAGAAGCCCCCCAAGGAGGGGCUAUGGUGGACGCAGAGAGCCGAGUCACGGUAGUCUUUUGGUUCGAAAUAUUCCCUUGAAUUGCAGGUGAGCAUUUGACAUAUUCCCUCUAAGCAUAAGUUUUUAUGCUCGUCGACUAGUUUUGGGGGGAGGUGGGAAGGAAGGGGGGGGGGGGUUAGAUCUUUAUUUUUCACUAGACUUUCCUUCCGUCACUCAUAAAACAUACAGAUGCAUGCUUAUGUGUUCUUCUUUGGCUCUACACUAGCCAUGAUACGAGGAACAAUCAAGACAAAGAUCUGCAUGGUUUCAGUUCUUUGGUCCUCUUUUGACGUUCAAGUUAUUUCAUUCUUGCAGACCAGAUGAUCUCCGAAUUCCAUUUGAAAGGUUUGGGCGGGUAAGGGAUGUCUACUUGCCAAAGGACUACUAUACAGGGUUAGUCUCCUGUGCUUUAGAUAAUUUCUGCCAUGUUUGCGCCUGAGAUUGUGCCUUCGGAAAGAGCUUUUUUCUGAUUGAAUAAGCUUGAUUUCCAAGUGCUUCUAUGCUUGGAUGUUACUCCAUUCUGAUCUGGUUAGUGAUCGUGCUGUUUUCCCUAUCAUGCCGUAUGAUUCAUCCUCCUUUUAUUCUCAGGUUGGAAAAUAUUUUAUUACCCAUAGGACACAUCUGAUUUUUUAUUAUUUAUCUCUGCUUUUCAUGCUGCAAGAGUCAAUUUUUUUCCGGUUGUCUUCAUUCUACUGCAUGUCGUGGACUUCCUUCUUUCCCCCAUCAUCAUUUGUACUAUUAAUAUGUACGCAUAAGUUGAUUAUGUUGGUUUUCCCCUUCUUCUUUUUCUGAGGGAAGGGAGAAGGGGGUGUUUAUUCUUCUGGUGUUUCGCUUUUGAGUUUCAUCUAUUGGCCUACAUUCCAACUCAUGUUGCACAUUCUGCCAUCUAAUAUUGAUUAUUUUUAUUCUAGUUAAAAUAUCCAGAGACUGAUUCUAUGGAGGGAUAUACUCUUUUGUUGUAGUUUAUUAUCUGGAUUAUAUAGUAAGCUUUUUUUUUCUGACCUGGUUCUCAGGGGCUGUUUUGAUUUGAGGUAAAAAACAAGCCCUGCAUUUGUUGAAGACCACUGUUAGCAUUGGUUACCGCAUUGGUUUCCUCGAGGGUGUGAAUCUUGUUCGAAUGAAGAUGCUCCCAUGUGAAGAUAGCUUUCUAGAAUCGGCCUCAGUAUUAGUUGGUGGAGAGAAGAUGAUGGGUGGAUUUCAUGAGAAGCUAAACAUCUGAAGCUAAGUUUCAAGCUAUAUAUUGUUACCGACUGCAUAUAAUUACAAGAAUGUGAAGGAUUUGAGGCGUCGAUGAUUUUUUUUUCCAAGUUACCGUGCAUAAUGAAGGGAAAGGAAAAAGACCCAGCUGCUAAAGACGCGUGGUUCUACAUACUUUUAUGUUGCGCGGGCACCAUAUCGAGGGAAUUCCUGUUAGUAGUGCCUAAGUUAUGGUUGGAAAACUUAGGAAGAUGUUCAAGUGAGGCAUUACGGAAUUUAGUGCUGAUGUGGGUCUGUGAGCCUUUCUCAAGUUGUUCGCCCUGGUACACUAACCCACCAUUUCCCCCUUGUAUGAUUUUUAAACUCCGAUUCUCUAUCUCCCCAGGGAACCUCGCGGGUUUGCAUUCAUAGAGUUUGUAGAUCCCUAUGACGCCUCCGAGGCUCAAUACCACAUGAACGGGCAGCUUUUUGGGGGGAGAAGGAUAACUGUGGUCGUCGCUGCAGAGACCAGGAAGAGGCCUGAGGAGAUGCGCGUCAGGACCCGAGCUAGGUACAUUUGUUUCGUUGAAUGUGUGAUAUUUGUCUCCUUUCAUAUUACUACAUUCUCACGUGCAUUCUCGUCUCACAGAGGAUCUUCUGAUCGUGAUGGCCGUCGUUCGUCUCAUCAUGGUAAGCUGUUCUUGAACUAACCUUGUGUAAUCACGUCUAGUAAUCAUUUUUAUUUUUAUUUUUAUUUUUGGGUUGAAAUUUUGGGGUUUCAGUCGCCUCUUGUCGUCUGUCGGAGUGGCCUGUUUUACUUUAUCGUGUCAUCUUUCAUUUAUUGAUUAGCAACCAAGGAAAUCGGAUAGUAUUCCUAUCUAUAAGAGGGCCGCCUGGUCAGUAGGAUAGGAGCUCAAUUCAGUGCCCGGCCCCAUGUUCAAGGUUUUUUCCCUCUGGAUUAUAUUGAUUUGCCCUCUGGAUGGAUGGAUGGAACUCCAUUGAGAUCAUGAGCCAUAAACAUUGAUAGAGCAUGGUAUCCUGCAUUCCUUUGCAUGAAUAUUUUCUCGAUAUUAAUUUUUGUUUCCCUGAUCUUUCAGGGCGAUCGAUCUCCCGUUCUGCAUCCCGCUCUCGGUCCCCUCCCCGCCACUCACGCUCUAGAUCUCGCCACCGCUCCAGGUACGCCGUGUGUCCCAUAAGUAGAAACUUUGCAGCUAAUGUCGGGAGAUGGAUUUGAUGGUUCUGCUUCAUAGAUCAUACUCUCCUGCGCCAAGGCGGCGCGAUGGCUACUCAGCUUCCCCCGAAAGAAGGCCCUCAGCUAGCACGAAAUCUCCUAGAUAUCGAGCUGCCGAUCUCCAUCAGACUGAUAAUGGCUACGACCAGUAAGUGCUCCCUUCUUCUUUUUUUUACCCUUUUUGGCGUGAUGGGAUUUCUUAGUCUUCUCCAUAUUCGGCUGGUUGACUUCUCAGGGAAGCUGAAUACAAUGCCGAGGGGCCUCACCGCCGCAGGGGCGGCGGGUCGCGUUCGCCGUCGGGGUCUCGGUCCCGCUCCGCCAACUCGUCCCCUGCCCGCGGCCGGUGA